UGCAUGGGUGCUAUUGACUACAAAGCAUCCGAAUCCGAUGACAGAGCUGGGGGAGGAUGCUGAAUGGGUCAAUGUAGAAGUUGAGUACCCAGAUCCAUCUCAGACUGAUUGGGUCGGAGUUUUUUCACCUGCAAAGAUUGACUCAUCAAGUUGUUACUCAGCUAGUGAUCCCAAACUACAGCCUCCUUAUAUCUGCUCGGCACCCAUAAAGUACAAAUAUGCAAAUUUCUCUAGCUCUAACUACGUGAAGACUGGGAGAGCUUCUCUCAAGUUCCAGCUCAUCAAUCAGCGGGCAGAUUUCUCCUUCGCUUUGUUCACAGGCGGGUUGUCAAAUCCAAAAGUGGUGGCGAUUUCAAAUUCUAUUACGUUUGCUAAUCCUAAAGCUCCCCUUUAUCCACGCCUAGCCCUUGGGAAGUCUUGGGACGAAAUGACAGUAACCUGGACCAGUGGAUACAACAUAGACGAAGCUGUUCCUUUUGUUCAGUGGGGUUUAAGGGGACGUCUUCAUAGGCGCUCUCCAGCUGGAACAUUAACAUUUCACCGGAACAGCAUGUGUGGUGGACCUGCUCGGACAGUUGGCUGGCGUGACCCGGGUUUCAUACACACCAGUUUCCUGAAGGACCUCUGGCCAAACACCAUGUACACUUACAAGAUGGGACAUAUGUUGUCGAAUGGAUCAUACGUAUGGAGCAAGAAGUUUUUAUUCAAAUCACCACCAUAUCCUGGCCAGGAGUCAUUACAGCGUGUUGUGAUCUUUGGCGACAUGGGAAAGGCAGAGCGUGACGGUUCAAAUGAGUAUAGCGACUACCAACCGGGCUCGCUUAAUUCUACAGACCAGGUCAUCAAGGACCUAAAGAAUAUUGAUCUAGUUUUCAACAUAGGAGAUCUACCUUAUGCAAAUGGAUACAUCUCCCAGUGGGAUCAGUUCACAUCGCAGGUGGAGCCUAUAGCAUCGACCGUUCCAUUCAUGAUUGCCAGUGGAAAUCAUGAGCGAGCUUGGCCCGGGACAGGAUCCUUCUACGAUACUCCAGAUUCUGGUGGGGAAUGCGGCGUGGUAGCUGAGACCAUGUUCUAUGUCCCUGCAGAUAACAGAGCUAAAUUUUGGUACUCGACAGAUUAUGGCAUGUUCCACUUCUGCAUAGCAGACACUGAGCAUGACUGGAGGGAGGGAUCUGAACAGUACAGGUUUAUAGAGCAUUGCUUUGCAUCAGCAAACAGGCAUAAACAGCCGUGGUUGAUCUUUGCUGCUCACCGGGUUCUUGGGUACUCUUCCAAUGAAUUUUAUGGCUUGGAGGGCUCAUUUCAAGAGCCCAUGGGGAGGGACAGCUUGCAGAAGCUGUGGCAAAAGUACAAGGUCGACAUUGCAUUCUAUGGCCAUGUCCAUAACUAUGAAAGGACUUGCCCCAUUCACCAGAACCAGUGCACAAAGACUGGAACCUCACACUACUCCGGGACCGUGAACGGGACGAUCCACGUCGUUGUCGGCGGGGCGGGCAGCCACCUGUCAAAUUUUGGGCAGAUCAACACCACCUGGAGCCUCUACAAGGACCAUGACUAUGGAUUUGUGAAGCUCACAGCAUUCAACCACUCAUCACUGCUGUUUGAGUACAAAAAGAGCAGUGAUGGAAAGGUAUAUGAUUCAUUCAGUGUCUCAAGGGACUACAGAGAUGUUCUAGCCUGUGUUCAUGGUGGCUGUGAACCCACCACUCUUGCAGCUUGAAACCCUUGUUUAUAAUUAAACUUUGUUUAGGGAUGUCUUCUGUUUGAUUUUUGUUUGCAGAACUAUGCUUCUUCUCAUUGAAAUGUGCCAUAAGUUGUUGCCUUGUAUAUAGUUUC